GCACUCCGCCCGCCCCGGUGCCUCGCCCUCCGCCACGAUGAGCAAAUGAGCGCGAGCGAGGGCAUGAAAUUUCAAUUCCACUCUGGGGAGAAAGUGCUGUGCUUCGAACCUGACCCCACCAAGGCGCGAGUGCUGUACGAUGCCAAGAUCAUCGAUGUUAUUAUCGGGAAAGACGAAAAGGGCAGAAAGAUUCCAGAAUAUCUGAUACAUUUUAAUGGUUGGAACAGAAGUUGGGAUAGAUGGGCAGCCGAAGAUCAUGUGCUACAUGAUACAGAUGAAAAUCGGAGAUUACAGCGCAAAUUGGCCAAAAAAGCAAUAGCUCGCCUAAGAGGCACAGGAAAAAAGAAGAGGCGCUGUAGGUUACCUGGUGUCGACUCUGUCUUAAAAGGUGUGCCAGUUAAAGAAAAAACUAAAAAUGACGAAAACUCAGUAAGCAGUACCUGUCAUGAGAGCUGUGGAGAAAAGAAUGGAGGAAUAAAAGAACACCGUCAACGUCGUAUUAAAGUAAAGACUAAAGCGAAAAAAAAGGUACUGUCGCUGCGCUCAAGAAAGGACAUGGAUGAAAGAACAAUCACUAUAGAUAUCCCGGAAGUUCUCAAGAAGCAGCUUGAGGAUGACUGUUACUAUAUCAACAGGAGGAAACGGUUAGUGAAACUUCCAUGCCAGACCAACAUCAUAACAAUUUUGGAAUCCUACGUGAAACAUUUUGCUAUUAAUGCAGCCUUUUCGGCCAAUGAGAGGCCUCGUCAUCAUCAUGCCAUGAUGCACGCACACAUGAAUGUGCACUAUGUCCCAGCAGAAAAGAAUGUUGACCUUUGUAAGGAGAUGGUGGAUGGAUUACGAAUAACUUUUGAUUAUACUCUCCCAUUGGUUUUGCUCUAUCCAUAUGAACAAACUCAAUAUAAAAGGGUGACAUCAUCAAAAUUUUUUCUUCCUAUUAAGGAAAGUACCACGACAACUAAUCGGAGCCAGGAGGAGCUGUCUCCUAGCCCGCCUUUGUUGAAUCCAUCCACACCACAGUCUACAGAGAGUCAGCCACCUACUGGUGAACCAGCCACCCCCAAGAGGCGCAAAGCCGAGCCAGAAGCACUGCAGUCUCUCAGGCGGUCCACGAGGCACAGUACCAAUUGCGAUAGGCUGUCUGAGAGCAGCUCCUCACCUCAGCCGAAGCGCCGGCAACAGGACACAUCUGCCAGCAUGCCGAAGCUGUUUCUGCACUUGGAAAAGAAGACACCUGUACACAGCAGAUCAUCUUCCCCCAUUCCUCUGACUCCAAGUAAGGAUGGGAGUGCUGUAUUUGCUGGCUUUGAAGGGAGAAGAACCAAUGAAAUCAAUGAGGUCUUGUCUUGGAAACUUGUGCCUGACAAUUAUCCGCCAGGAGACCAGCCACCUCCCCCUUCAUACAUUUAUGGUGCACAGCAUUUGCUCCGAUUAUUUGUGAAACUUCCAGAAAUCCUUGGGAAGAUGUCCUUCUCUGAGAAGAAUCUGAAGGCUUUACUGAAGCACUUUGAUCUCUUUCUGAGGUUUUUAGCAGAAUACCAUGAUGACUUCUUCCCGGAGUCGGCUUAUGUCGCUGCCUGUGAGGCACACUACAGCACCAAGAACCCCAGGGCAAUUUACUAAACUUUUGAUGGUUCUGGGAAAACAGCUGCACUAUGUUGCUUUAUAUUUUAGGUCCCAGGUGAAGUGUUAAUGAGAUGCUAGACCUACCCUGGGUGGGAAUACUCUGACAGAAACAGGCUCUGUUUUUUUGAGUUCUUCACAUACUAUUAUUUCUGUUAAGAAUUACUUUCUGAGCUCAGCAUGGUGGUCCAGGCCUAUGGGGAGGGGGUCGAUUUAAUUAAUUAAUUAAUUAAUUGAUGAUUUUUUUUAAAAUGUAAUGAUUACUUCCUGGGUGCCUGAACGUAUUCCAAAGUCACACUGGUACACAAGCUGUGUGUGCUAGCAGGAUAAAAACAGCCAUAGCUGUCUUUGUAGGGAUACGUUCAUGAACAUAUACUUAGGGUAAGCAUUGUUCUGGUAGACAGCGCACUUGGUUGUUUAGCAAGAACCAUGUUGUUUGAUUAUUUGUUAAUGUUAAACAAAAAUGGUUUUGAAAACUGUUUUCUGUUCAACAGAUUUUAGUCGGUGCUCGGAAGCUGCAAAGCACUCUCAAAGUAUUUCUGAGGGAACUGAUAUUGAUGGCAAAAGAGAACCAUGCACCUAUGCAUUGCUUGUAGCAGUUCCCUUUCUCAGAAACAUUAUUUUUGUUGCUCUAAAUAAAGCAUUGCCUGUCUUGUUUGAGAUUUUACAGCCAUACUCUGCUAUGUAAUGUUAAAGUUCCUUUUUCUAUGAAAUGUUAUUUUGGGUGAUCUAAAUAAAGCUUUGCCAAGUUUUGUUUGAAAGAAGCAAGAGGAGUUUCGCUCUGGCCUUCCCUGUUCUUUUUUAUUGCAGGGCAGCAGUCGGGUAACCUUUUCGCUCCCAACUUUUGUUGCAUUUGUUUGCCCCUUGUACGUUUUUGUCUUUCCCUUUUUUGGUUUGGCUUCUCUUUGCAUCGGUGACUGUUGGUAGUUAUGAGAAGUCACUGUAACUCUGUGUCAACCUGUGGCUCGUCUGUGGGUCCUGAUGGACCCAAUGCAGGCAGGUCUAUCGUUCUUCAAGUUGACCAACUGAUGUGAUCUACAGUCAUCCUUUUAAUAUUCUCUCUCUCUCUCUCUCUCUCUCUCUCUCUCUCUCUCUCUCUCUCUCUCUCUCUUCCUCUCUCUUUCCUUCUCCUCUGUUUAGAGAGCUCUAAAGGGCUGGAAAGGAUACCGAUGCCAUGAAAGCAUUAAAUAAAGCACUUCUCUUAUGGUUUA